AUGGUUCUGAGGAAAAAACUGAGUUGCUUAUGGACGUUAGGUCUCUGUCUGGUAGCCAGUAAAUCAUCUACUAACGUCCCCUCUAUCGAAGACCGGACUUUUAAAGACCAGUGCGUCAAGGCACAUAACGAAAUGCGUAGCAAAGUCUGGCCCCCCGCGGCUGACACGAAAUACAUGACUUGGGAUGAUGGUUUAGCGAAGGUUGCUAAAGCACAGGCAAACAAGUGCAGAUUCGAACACAACUCCUGUUUAUCAAUAUCAUACAGAUGCCAUCCAACUUUUCAAUUUGUUGGAGGAAAUAUCUGGUUAGGUGAAUUAAGCAUAUUUUCACCAAAAUUUGCUGUUGUUGCUUGGUUUAAUGAAACUGAAUUUUAUGAUUAUAAUACCCUACUAUGUUCCAAAGCUUGUGGCCAUUAUACACAGGUAGUUCGGGCCAAUUCAUAUAAAGUUGGUUGUGCAGGGACAAUGUGUCCUAAACUUGGAGAAUUUGAAACUGCAAUAUUCGUAUGCAACUAUGGACCUUCAUAAUUUAUUUUAGGAAAUUUUCCAAAUAAGCCCCCUUACACUAAAGGAGUAGCCUGCUCUUUGUGUGCAGAAGAAGAAACUUGCAAAGAGAAUCUCUGCCAAUAUCCAGAUUGGAAUCCAUAGGGGAAGGCACCUCAGCAGAUAUCAUGUAAUCCAUUGUGCCUAGUUCCUGUUCUUCUGAGACUAUUUUAA